GUCUUCCUGUACAAAACCAUGAGGAUCUUCUUCGCGACUUCUCAAUUCUCUACCUACGAACCGCAAGUUUCCGAUCAUUGCCCGAAUUCUCCGUUUACUUCAUCUUUGAAGCAAUUAGGGUUUGUUAAGUUCUUGCUGUAGUUGAAAUUCUGCCUGCAAGAUCGAGAUUUUGAAUUGGAGGAAAGGAUCAUUUCUGCGUCUGAUGCAAUGAAGCCACUCGGAUCAUCUUUGAAUCCAUAUGCAGCAUCCUACAUUCCACUCUCCAAGAGAGAGGCUGACAAAAAUUUUAUAGCAGAAAACUCUUCUAAGAAAAGUAUAGGGGGCAACUUUUCGGGAUAUUCCGAACAUUAUAUGCAUAAUCCUCCAUAUGACAGCAUUUCCCCUAAUUCAAACCUGCGACUUGGUGAAAAAGCACCUAUUGCAGUUGGUUCUGCUAUGAAGAAUCACCCCUCUCAUGGAUCAUUGUCGCAACACAAGAGUGAAUUCAAUGAAAUGGUGGAGAUGUUUGAUAAAGACUUUGAUUUGGAUCUGGAAUUUCUUAAGGCUAGUUUCCCUGGACUAUCUGAUCAGUCCCUUACUGAUGUCUAUUUGGCAAAUAAAGGUGACGUGGAUGCUGCUAUAGACAUGCUGAGCCUGCUCGAGAACAAACAGCCAUUUGGUUCUGAAGAUUAUGUCCCUGAAGGUCUCCCGGACUCUUUGGACAUUGGUGACAUCUCGGAAUACGGGUUUGCAGCUGAUAAUCAACCAUCUUUCAAAAUGAAGAAUGUAGUCGGGAAUGCAAGCACUUCAUUCCGAUCCUAGGAGUGGCGAUUGGUUUCGAAAAGUGAACUUUUCUUUCCCAUUCUGGUUUUCCUUUGAGAACUUUUUCUAUGGGAUGCUCAUAUAAGUAAACAUCCUCCUUUGAGAUGAGGGAUCAUCACUGGUUAUAGGAUUGUAUAGUUUCAAGUUCCUUGUUGAUUUGAAUAUCCUACAUAUUCAAAUCACUUGUACUUACACGAACUCAUUCGCGAUAAUCAUUGUCGUCGUUUUGGACCGAUCAAAAAGAUCGAAAUAUAGUGUGAGCUUUGCUUGUUCAUUUUUCUUUC